AUGCCAGCAAUUGAGAGCUGUGUGGCCAGCUAUUUGUCAAAGCAUGGUGGCUCUUCAAAUGCGUACACAGAAACUGAAUAUACAUGCUACCAUUUUGAAGUGAAGCGUGAGUUUCUAAAGGGUGCAUUGAAAAGAUUUUCUCAGUUUUUUAUAUCUCCUCUUGUAAAAGCGGAGGCCAUGGAGCGAGAAGUACAAGCAGUAGAUUCAGAAUUUAACCAGGUUUUACAAAGUGAUGCUUGCCGUCUUCAACAACUUCAGUGCCAUACUUCUACACCUAAGCACCCUUUGAAUAAAUUCUUUUGGGGGAAUAAAAAGAGCCUGGUUGAUGCAAUGGAAAAGGGUAUUGAUCUGCGGGACCAAAUAUUGAAAUUAUACAAGAAUUUUUACCAUGGCGGAUUAAUGAAGCUUGUUGUUAUUGGUGGAGAGUCCCUGGAUGUGCUCGAGAGUUGGGCUGUGGAACUAUUUGGUGCUGUUAAAAAGGGUCCCCAAACAUACCCAAAGUUCAUAGUGGAAGGUCCAAUAUGGAAACCUGGUAAAAUUUAUCGGCUAGAAGCUGUCAAAGAUGUUCAUAUUCUCGACUUAUCGUGGACACUGCCUUGUCUAAACCAAGAGUACCUAAAGAAACCAGAGGAUUAUUUGGCUCAUCUCCUCGGGCAUGAGGGCAGAGGAAGCUUGCUUUCCUUUCUCAAGGCUAAAGGAUGGGCUACAUCUCUAUCUGCCGGUGUUGGCGAUGACGGAGUUUUUCGUUCAUCAAUAGCUUAUGUCUUUGUCAUGUCCAUACACCUCACUGAUUCUGGUGUAGAAAAGAUUUUCGAUAUUAUUGGCGCUGUCUAUCAAUACCUUAAUUUGUUGCAUGAAAAUUCUCCACAAGAAUGGAUAUUUAAGGAACUUCAAAAUAUCGGAAACAUGGAAUUCAGAUUUGCUGAAGAGCAGCCUCAAGAUGAUUAUGCUGCAGAGCUUGCAGAAAAUUUGAAAUUCUAUCCAGCAGAGGAUGUCAUUUAUGGUGACUACGUGUACAAGACAUGGGAUGAGCAGUUGAUAAAACAAGUUCUCAGUUUCUUCCGCCCUGACAACAUGAGGGUGGAUGUUGUCUCAAAGUUGAUUCGUAACUCAGAAGAUUUCAAACAUGAACCUUGGUUUGGUUCACGUUAUGUUGAAGAAGAUAUCCCUCAAGAUUUGAUUGAUUUAUGGAGAAAUCCUCUAGAAGUUGACGCCUCUCUACAUCUUCCAUCCAAGAAUGAGUUUAUUCCAAGUGACUUUUCUAUACGGGCAAGUGACACGCGUGGUGAUGAUUUUGAAAUUUUGACUUUUCCUAGGUGUAUAGUUGAUGAAGCUUUGAUAAAAUUUUGGUAUAAGCUGGACCGUACUUUCAGAGUUCCUCGAGCCGAUACAUAUUUCCGUAUCAACUUGAAAGGUGGAUAUGCCAAUGCAAAGAACUGUGUAUUGUCUGAAUUGUUCAUUCACCUUCUUAAAGACGAGUUGAAUGAAAUUAUAUAUCAGGCUAGUGUUGCCAAGUUAGAAACUUCCGUCUCUUAUGUUGGUGAUAUGCUUGAGCUGAAGGUCUAUGGUUUUAAUGAGAAGCUACCUGUUCUUCUAUCAAAGGUUUUGUCAGCUGCUAGAUCUUUUAUACCAACUGAUGAUCGGUAUAAGGUAAUAAAAGAAGACAUGGAGAGAACUUUAAAGAAUUCCAACAUGAAGCCUCUAAGCCAUUCAUCAUAUUUGAGAUUGCAAGUUUUGUGUGAGAGCUUUUAUGACGUUGACGAAAAGAUGCAUUAUCUAAAUGAUCUGUCAAUUGAUGAUCUGAAGGCAUUUAUACCCGAGCUUCGAUCACAGUUAUAUAUUGAGGGUCUAUGCCAUGGAAAUAUGUCAGAAGAAGAAGCGAUAAACAUAUCCAAUAUAUUUAAGACGAAUUUUCCAGUAGAUCCACUCCCUAUCGAGUCGAGGCAUGCUGAGCGUGUAAUUUGUCUCCCUUCGAGUGCCAAUUUAGUUAGAGAUAUAAAUGUGAAGAACACGUUGGAAAAAAACUCUGUGAUUGAGCUUUAUUUUCAAAUUGAAGAAGAUACUGGAUUGGGUUCAACAAAGUUGAAAGCUUUGAUCGAUCUGUUUGAAGAAAUUGUUGAGGAGCCACUUUUUAAUCAAUUGAGGACGAAGGAGCAGCUUGGUUAUGUUGUUGAAUGUAGCCCGAGAGUAACAUACCGUGUUUUUGGGUUUUGUUUCUGUAUUCAGUCAUCUGAGUACAACCCAAUUUAUUUGCAAGGUAGAGUUGAAAGCUUCAUAAAUGACCUGGAAGAAUUGUUGGAUGGCCUUGAUGACGAAUCCUUUGAAAAUUAUAAAAAUGGUUUAAUGGCAAAGCUGUUGGAGAAGGAUCCAUCUCUCACAUAUGAAAGCAAUAGACUGUGGAACCAGAUUAUUGAUAAAAGGUACAUUUUCGAUAUAUCAAAGAGAGAAGCUGAAGAGCUAAAGAACAUAACCAAGCUUGAUGUUAUUGAGUGGUACAAGACAUAUUUGAAACAAUCAUCUCCGAAGUGUCGGAGACUACUUGUUCGGGUAUGGGGUUGCAACACAGAUAUGAAGGAAGCUGAAGCACCACCCGAAUCUGUGCAUGUCAUAACAGAUCCAGCAGUUUUUAAGAAGCAAUCCAAAUUUUAUUCAAGUUUUUGUUAA